AUGUCAUUUACUGCUUCUCCUGCACUUUCUGCCCUUCUCUGCACAUCGGCCAAACGGGACGCCGUUUGGCUGACCGGUUCGCGGAGCACCUCCGAGACAUCAGAAUCGGCAAUGACACGUCGGUCUCGCGCCAUUUCCGGUCUACUGGUCAUUCACUACAACACUUAUCUGUGUAAAAACACUAUAAGAGCCAGCAAUGUCACUGACACGUUUUUUACGGCAAAUAAUACAAACUUUACCACAAGUGUAACAUAUCAAAAUGAUGUGACGACAGAGGUUACAAAAACCACGAGUAACGAAAUCUUUACAACUUCUGUAACAACAGAAAAUGGCGUGACAACAGAUGUAGAAACCACGAGUAACGCAAACAUUACAACCUCUGUAACAACAGAAAAUGGUGUGACAACAGAUGUUUCAGAAACCCCGAGUAACGCAAACAAUACAACUUCUGUAACAACAGAAAAUGGUGUGACAACAGAUGUUGUAGAAACCCCGAGUAACGCAAACUUUACAACGUCUGUAACAACAGAAAAUGGUGUGACAACAGAUGUUGUAGAAACCACGAGUAACGCAAACUUUACAACUUCUGUAACAACAGAAAAUGGUGUGACAACAGAUGUUUCAGAAACCACGAGUAACGCAAACUUUACAACUUCUGUAACAACAGAAAAUGGUGUGACAACAGAUGUUUCAGAAACCACGAGUAACGCAAACUUUACAACUUCUGUAACAACAGAUGUUGUAGAAACCACGAGUGACGCAAACUUUACAACUUCUGUAACAACAGAAAAUGGUGUGACAACAGAUGUUGUAGAAACCACGAGUAACGCAAACAUUACAACUUCUGUAACAACAGAAAAUGGUGUGACAACAGAUGUUUCAGAAACCACGAGUAACGCAAACUUUACAACUUCUGUAACAACAGAAAAUGGUGUGACAACAGAUGUUGUAGAAACCACGAGUAACGCAAACUUUACAACUUCUGCAACAACAGAAAAUGGUGUGACAACAGAUGUUGUAGAAACCACGAGUAACGCAAACUUUACAACUUAUGUAACAACAGAAAAUGGUGUAACAACAGAUGUUUCAGAAACCACGAGUAACGCAAACUUUACAACUUCUGUAACAACAGAAAAUGGUGUGACAACAGAUGUUGUAGAAACCACGAGUAACGCAAACUUUACAACUUCUGUAACAACAGAAAAUGGUGUGACAACAGAUGUUGUAGAAACCACGGGUAACGCAAACUUUACAACUUCUGUAACAACAGAAAAUGGUGUGACAACAGAUGUUGUAGAAACCACGAGUAACGCAAACUUUACAACUUCUGUAACAACAGAAAAUGGUGUGACAACAGAUAUUGUAGAAACCACGGGUAACGCAGACGGUGCAACUUCUGUAAUAACAGAAAAUGGUGUCACAACGGAUGUAGAAAUCACAGGUAACUCAGAUAUUCCCACUUCUGUAGCAAGCGAAAGCUAUGUCACAACCGUUACAGGUACGUUAAACAAUAACACUGACAAUAGCACAGACAUAACCACUUCAGUAACAAGAAAAACCGAUGUGACAACUGAAGUUACAAAUAUAUUAAACAGUAGCACAUACAUUUCCACUCCUGCAACAAACAAUAGUAAUAGGACAACAAACGUUACAGUCAUGUUACACAGUAACACAAACACUCCGCCUUCAGUGACUAACGAAAGCUAUGUGACAACUGAAGUUACAAAUAUAUUAAACAGUAGCAUAUACAUUUCGACUCCCGCAACAAGCAAUAGUAAUAGGACAACAAACGUUACACUCAUGUUACACAGUAACACAAACACUCCGCCUUCAGUGACUAACGAAAGCUAUGUGACAACUGAAGUUACAAAUAUAUUAAACAGUAGCACAUACAUUUCCACUCCUGCAACAAGCAAUAGUAAUAGGACAACAAACGUUACACUCAUGUUACACAGUAACUCAAACACUCCGCCUUCAGUGACUAACGAAAGCUAUGUGACAACUGAAGUUACAAAUAUAUUAAACAGUAGCACAUACAUUUCCACUCCUGCAACAAGCAAUAGUAAUAGGACAACAAACGUUACACUCAUGUUACACAGUAACACAAACACUUCGCCUUCAGUGACUAAUAAAAGCUAUGUGACAACUGAAGUUACAAAUAUAUUAAACAGUAGCACAUACAUUUCCACUCCUGCAACAAGCAAUAGUAUAGGACAACAAACGUUACACUCAUGUUACACAGUAACACAAACACUCCGCCUUCAGUGA